AUGUUCAUUUUGUCAGCCUCUUUUGUCACCGGACUCCCACUGGUGUCGUUUUGCUGUCGGCUUGAAGGAGGCUCAAUGUUGCUGGGCUUGACUUUUGAUACCUUGAGUAGCUACUUAUUCUCUUUAGGCUUCUUUUUAGCUAUUUUUUUAUGCAUAAUAACGUUUUUUAUAUGUUCCUUUUUUAUUUUUUCGUUCGUGCUAUUUUCUUCUUUAUUUCUUCUCAUUUGUUCUUUUUUCUCUUUUCUUUAUAUUUUCUUUCUUUCUUUUUUUAAUUUCUUUCUUUCUUAUUUCUAUUUUUUACUUUCUUCCUUUACUUUUUACUUUUUCUCCGUUUCAUUUUACUUAAUCUCAGUUCCCUCUCUCUUUUUGUUCCCUCUUCUUCGCUUGCUAAAUUCUUUCUUUCUUUCGUUCCUUUCUUCUUUUUCUUUGUCUUUAUUAUCCUUCUCUUUUCUUCAUCAUUUUUUUCUUCUUUUUGCCAAUGCUGUUUUUUAUUUCUCUUAUUUUCUUUGUUUUCUUUACUUUUCUUUUUUCUUCGUAAAACUACAUUGUUUAAUUCGUCACAAAAUAAUUAUUUCAUUUCGAUUAAAGAAAAAUCGCAGAAAUUUCAUUUUUCUCCAAAUUUCUAUGCUAAAAAGAAUGGUAUGA